AUGUCUGAAGUCUUACCACCAGCACUUUCAAGCACACAGGAUGCUGAUAUAGAAUUUGCCAAAACCAAAGAUAUAUCGAAAGAUAUUCCCAGGGGGAGAUUAGGACCUAUAAAUUCACAAAAGGCCAGAGAAUCAGCAGACCAAUUGUAUUCACUUUUGAAAGAGUACUACUCGGUCGAUAAAACAGCGCAGUACUUGAAUCAAAAAACAAAUUCAGGAGAUUACAAAUUCAAGGAGGUAGCAUUGCAGUUCCCAGAUGAUCUUGUACGAGAUUCAGCGAUAGUAUGCCAACUUCUUCAAGAGUCAAUAUCUGGAGACAGGAGAGUUUGGGUGUUGGCAGAUACAUCCUAUUCUCCAUGUUGCAUUGAUGAGGUUGCUGGAGAGCAUGUUGGCGCCGAUCUGAUUCUCCAUUUUGGAGAGGCAUGUUUAAAUCCCGUGGAAAAAGUGAAUUCUGCUUACAUCUUUGGAAAACCAUAUUUGGACACAGCUAAAGUUAUCGAGCUUUUCAGAAAGCAGUACUCGAACAAAGAGGAUAAGAUUUGUAUAAUGACAGACACUCAAUAUAGUCUUCAUUUGCAUGAUAUUUAUGUUAUCCUCAAGAAAGAGUAUCCAAACUUGGUCUUCGCAGAUGUUGAUUUGCAGAAAAGCGGCUCCAAUUCGUUAGUGAUAGACAGAGAAGUGACGGAAAGGGAACCGGGACUCAGCGCAUAUGAUCUUUCUCGGAUAAUAUACGGGUUAAAUGCAGAUCAGAUUUUAUCUGUUGGUGAAGAUGACGACUAUUCAACAAUUACCCAAGAUUACAGUCUUUUCUAUAUUGGAGUGCCACCAGAUCCAAAGCUCAUUCUUCUAUCGACCAAAUUUUCAAGCCUUGCUGUUGUCGAUCCAGUUACCUUAGACGUUUCAGGUAACAGAACACCAUCACUGUCAAGACGUUACAGGUUUAUGAUGAUCGCUCGUAAUGCUUCUACCAUUGGUAUUUUAGUGAAUACACUUUCACUAGAGAACACCAGAAAGCUUUUGAAUAAAGUUGUGAAAUGGAUAAAAAAUGCUGGAAAGAAGCAUUACAUGUUUGUGGUUGGUAAACCAAAUGUUGCUAAGCUUGCAAACUUUGAUACAAUCGAUGUUUGGUGCAUUUUGGGGUGUGGCCAAUCGGGUAUUGUAAUAGAUUCCUAUGGUGAUUAUUACAAACCAAUAAUUACUCCUUAUGAGCUUCAGUUGGCCUUGCUGCCCGAAGUGACCUGGACAGGUAAGUGGAUUGUUGACUUUAAGGAAGUUAUGAGCCAACCCGAUUACGAAGAAGAAGAAAAGGAAAAGGAUAUUGUGGGUAAAGCAAAGGAAAGCAACAAACGUGACGAAGAUAAAGAUGAAUAUGCUCCAGAAUUUGAUCCAGUUACUGGCAAAUUAGUUGCAUCUAGGCCACUCAGGCAGCUCAAACAUUUAGAAAUCGAACUAAGUGAUCAAAGAGAAACCAUUGAAGGCUCAAAUGAUGAAAAAUCGCUUGCCACAAGGCUUUCUUCUGAACUCUCCAUCGGAAACACCAUUUCAACAUCCGUGUCACAAUUACAGAAUCACACGUGGACAGGCUUGGGAAGUGAUUAUAAACAGCAGGAGGAAGAUGAACAAGGAUCUUUUUCAGAAGAAGGUGCUAAAGUUGAAGAAGGACGUAGUGGAAUUGCCAGAGAUUACGAUUAUGAUCUCGGAUCUGAUGAAAUAGAUAGAUUGGCAAAGCGAUUCAUGAAGUUGGAUAAGGACAACUCUGGUGCUAUUGACAAAGAUGAGUUUCUUUCUAUACCCGGAAUUGGCCAAAAUCCUCUUGCCAAGCGUGUUAUAGACAUAUUUGAUGAAAACAAGGGUGGAGAUAUCGAUUUUAGGGAAUUCGUCACAGGGUUAUCUACAUUCAGUUCCAGUGGGUCGGUGGAUGACAAACUAAAGUUCCUGUUUAAGGUUUACGAUAUAGAUAAUGACGGAUAUAUUUCAAAUGGUGAACUUUUCUUAGUUCUCCGAAUGAUGGUCGCUAGCUCUUUAUCGGACGUACAAUUACAGCAGCUUGUAGAUAGAACUAUAAUGGAAAGUGAUGAUGAUGGCGAUGGACGCCUUAGCUUUGCAGAAUUCAAAAAAAUAAUUGAAAGCACGACAGAUGUUACAAAGAAACUCUCUUUGGGAGAUAAAAUAUAA